CUUGAACAUGGGGCUGGAAUCUUGAUAUCAAAUUAUGGUUAUUAGUCUGAGUUGGCGUUGAACCAACAUCAGUUGCAUUCGAUGCGCUAUACCUUUUUAGGAUGCCGUCUAGGGCAACCUCCAGCAAAGGAUUUGCGGGGUUGUAACAGUUCUGUUAGAUCUUGAGAUGGGGUGCCAACAGCAACAUCUCCCGCAGUUUCAUAGCUUGCGCUCGUUUCAUAUUUCGUUUCUCUUCUUCAUCUUCUUCUUCUUAUCUUGAUUUCUAAUUAGACCGAUAGAUUUUCUUUUACUUUUAUAUCCCUAACCAGAAUGGAGGAGUUGUUAGCGAAACACCGCAAGGAACAAAAAGAUCUCCAAGCACGCAUCACUCAGAAGAAGAAAUCUGCCACGAAGAAGACCCGCCGGGGUAUCAACGAAGAAUGCGAUAGGCUUCAGAGUGAACUUUCCGAACGACACCAGGCCGAGAUUGCAGAGUUAAAUGGCGAGCCUACCCCGCCCAUUGACGACCUCGACGAUCUCAGUUUGAAUGGUUCGGAAGAAGAUAAAACACAGAAGGAUCAAACCGAUGGUUCACAGAACCCUCCAUCGAUAGAUAAUUCUCCAGAUACAUCUUCCGCGGCCUCAGAGGCCUCCACCCCGUCACCACGACCUAAGAAACCCAAUCGCCAGAAGGCUCGUCUGGCACGUCGCGCUGCGGAGCAAGCGGCGCAGUCUGCCAUUGCCGCAGAAGAAGCUGCAAAACAAACAGAUUAUCGUGGAGAUGAGCAAGAGGUCAUGGAUGGUGUUUUCAAACGGUUGGGGUUGAAACAGGUUGAGAUAAAGCCUGAUGGGCACUGUCUCUACUCCGCUAUUGCCUACCAGCUGGAAAUGCUAGGCCUUGGCUUGAAACCCGACCCGAAAAGAAUUGUCCUUGAGACCCCGACUCAGUCCCGCAUUGAUACGGUAGCCUCGCCUCAACACGAUGGCUAUAGAGCAGUUAGGGCUGUGACAGCCGAUUUCAUAAAUGAGCACCAAGAUGAUUUUGUGCCCUUCAUGGAGGAGCCCGUGGAGCUAUACACUCGCAAGAUCAAGCUUACAGCAGAGUGGGGUGGGCAAUUAGAGCUUUUAGCCAUUGCUAAGGCAUAUGGUGUGGAAAUCAACAUCAUACAAGGUGACGGAAGGAUUGAAAAGAUCGAAGGUGAUACUCAAGAGUAUGAUGACGAACAGAAGAGCAAACGCAUCAUUUGGUUGGCCUACUAUCGGCAUACGUACGGUCUCGGUGAGCAUUAUAACGCGCUUAUGAAAUGAUCUCGGCCACCUACGCAAGUCAAUAUACGAUCAAAGCCUUCGUCGUCGCGAAACUCGGGUUCUGUUUUAAAUCUCUUUCUAAUCAGGUACUCAUUUUCAGUCGAGAAUUCAAUUCUCCUGUUUAUGCCCCUUGUCGUGCCACUGAUGGCAUUGGAAUAGGUUGUCGAGGUUCUUCCUCACCAAGACCUCUGGUAUCCCGGCUUCGUUAGGGUCCGAUCAUAUCGACCAAAGGCAGUGUGGAUAAUUCCCUUCCAACGGUUUAGAGUUGCUUCCCAUGCAUUUUGCCAAACAAACUCUCCUGUUAGGUGGUGGUAGCUCGAUUAUAAAAGUAUUUGGGGCUCGACCGAUACCCCGCAGAAAUAUCGAAUGUGUUGAAAUACCCAGUUUGGGUGCAUUGACUGGUCAAUGCACGAACAUGGCAUGGGUAACCAAAAGCAUUCCCUCGUGUGAUGAUUAGCAUCGCACAUAGGAAGGAUACGCAUCAUUACGCGUUUUUAUCGUAGACCAGUCCACGACGUGAAAACUCAACGUAACAUUUUUCAUGCCUACUAGACCAGGAUGUCCU